UUUCCCAGGGAGGCAUUCUGUUGCAAUUAUGCGAGAGUCUUAAAUAAAAACAGUGGCCGGCCGGCCGGCCAAGCAAAAUUUGGCCUCAUACUACUGUCUCUGCUUCCAUUACAAGUACUAAUAACCUCUCACAAAGCCAUUAAUUCUCCCUGCUCUUAUCAUCAUCAUCAUCAUAUAUCAAUUAACAGAGGUAAUUAAAGAGAUCGAUAGAGCUGCAUAAUCUCAGGUAGCAUUAAUUAAUGGCGGACAAGGCAACGUUGGCCAAGGCAAGAAGAGAGCUAGAGGAUCUGUAUUCAGGAAUCCCCGAUGAGUCGGUCAACCUCACUUUCGGAGACCUCGCCGAGGUGAGUAAGCAAAACAACCGAAAUUCGGGCCCUCUGCACCCCGUUUCUGAAAAGAAAGAGGAAACCUCCCCCCUCACCAAACUGCCCAGCCUGGACUUCAGCCGCGGCUUGGAGGCCGCCGCGACCGAUAAUCAUCGUCACCACCACCACCACGAUGACUCGGCGUGGUCGUCGAAGAGCCAUCGCCAGCACCACGUGAUCCGCCAUGCUAAUCAUGCAAGCGGAUCUCAGGAUGAUGAGAUGGUGAGUAACGUGAGCGGCAUGACCAUGAGCACGUAUGAGCAAGGAGGAAGAAGGAGGAGGCCGGGAAUUCCUCACUCCAAUAUCUGCACUGUUUGCAGUAACUACAUCUACAUGUGCCGCAACCGUUGCCUGGUGUGCGGAAGAGUGUAUUGCAGACAAUGUGUGGAGAUAGGGAUGGGAGAGAUGACAGAAGGAAGAAAGUGCAUCGAGUGUUUGGGGAGAAGGUUCAGCCAAAGGUACAUACAUAGGGCAGGACAGACGGGGUGUUGCAUGAGGUGGAGGUACCAGGGAAUAGUGAUGCAGCAAGAGUUGAAGUGGGCGGAGAAAGGGCCGAGGAGGAGCGGCGAGAGGCGGUAUGGCCAGAGCACGAUGAUGGUGUCGAGAUCAAGAAGCCCAAUGACGCCUUCGCCUAGAGGCCAUGUUGACCAUGGCCAUAGCAGCAGCCCAUCUUUUGUGAUGAACUCGCCUUCGCCAUAUUCCGCUUACUCUCCCACUAACCAUCCCCUCCCCUUCUAGCCUAGCUCUGAAUUCACUUGCUUUGCUUGCGUCUCUAUAUGCUUCGCCAUUCCUUUUUCUACUACUUCAAUCACCACUAUAUAUGUUGCUCUUUAAUGUUAGUAUUAUAAUUGAUUUGUUUUAUUUAUUUUCUUGUUCACUACUCACAACCCUCUUCUUUAAUUUGGUGAUAAGUUAAUUUCUUUAUUUUGAUCAGGUAUAGA